AUGAUUCUUGGAAGCAAAGUAAAUAUUUUUAUAGAUAAUAUGGGGACAAUCUAUAAACAAAAUUCGGUGAAUAUUAGUAAUGAUAAUAAAAGUAAUGUUGAUAAAAUAGAAUUAAAAAUACCUAAUAACCAUGAUAAUUUGAAUAUAAAUGUAUUAAAUAUAAAGGAUACAUCAAGUAGUCUAGACAAUAAUGAAAAAGAUCAAAUUAAUAGUUCUAUAUGUGAAUGUAAAAUAGUGAAUAAGUGUAUUCCAUAUGAAGAUUGUUAUGGAUUAGCAGGAAUCACUACUACUUUGAUAUUGAUUAUUAUAGCAACAAUCGGAUAUAUUGUCCAAUAUUUGUCACUAAUCCCACAUGAAUAUCUUUCAGAGAGAAAUUUAAGGGAGAAUAAGUUUUGUGGAUUUGUAUUACCAAAUUCAGAAAUAGUAGAGCCUUCACAUCCAAAUAGUUAA